AUGAACGUUGCUCCUCUUCUGAAAUUAAUGAUACCCUGGAGUGUGCUGUUGCUCUAUUCACUUCUUCAGCUGUUUCAAGAAUCGUAUUGUGAACUCACAGGUCUUGGACAGAACAGAUUAAGAAGGAGCAGGUUGAAUGCAUUUCGUCAGAAACGGGAUCUCCCAGCUGAAGAGAAUUACAGAACAAAUUUUGCUGCCCAUCGAGCCCGCAGAAGUGCUGCCUACAAUACAAAUUUACCUUAUCCUGAAGUUUCUAUAAAAUGUGAUCUUCCAGAUGCUUGCCCUCAAGACUGUCUCAAUGGUGGCUUCUGUGGCGAGGAUGGCACAUGUGAUUGCAGUGAAGUUCAAGGCAAUGGAACUCGUUGUCAGACUGUUUUAAAUAUGGCUGAAAACAGAGAAGGAAUAUGCAGAUCGUGGGGCCAAUACCAUUUUGAAACCUUUGAUGGGAUUUAUUUUUACUUUCCUGGAAAAUGCUCCUACAUUCUUGCAAAAGACUGCAGGACAGCACAGCCUCAGUAUGUGGUUCAGGUCCAUAAUAGUGCAGCGUGCACCUCCUCAUACUCAUGCUCAAGAUCCAUCAGCUUGUUCUUUCCAAAUGAAGAGGAAAUAAUUAUUAUUGGCCAUCAAGUUAUGAAAGGAGGAAUCAGGCUGAAAUUGCCUCAGAUGGUGAGACAUGUAUUCUUCGAAAGGUUAGCUGACUACAUUCUUGUGAAAACAACAUUUGGAUUUUCCCUGGCUUGGGAUGGACUCUCUGGUAUUUAUAUCAAACUUACAGUUGAGCACAAAGGGAAAUCCUGUGGUCUAUGCGGCAACUACAAUGGAGACAUGUCUGAUGAUCUGAAUUCGAGCUACAGCAUGCUGACUGAGGACAUUGCUGUUUUUGGAAACAGUUGGAUGUCACAGUCUCCCUCUGAUACUCCAUGUGAACCCGUAUCUCUCAACUUUCCUAGCCCUUGCAGGGGCAAAGGAGAAUCAGUUAAUGAUAUCAUUGUAAAAUGUGAAGUUCUGGUCAGUUUCCCUUUCUUUUCUUGUCGUAACCACGUCCAGCCUAAUUCCUAUGUCGCCAGUUGUAUCAAUGAUCUAUGCACGACGGACGAUAGUGAAACCUAUUGUCGAUCAGUGACAGAGUACACUAGGGCAUGUUCUCAUGCCGGCUAUCCUCUACGGGAGUGGAGAGAUGACUUCCCCGCUUGUAUUGAACAGUGUGAAGAGAGUCUUGUUCACCGUGACUGCAUCAGUUGCUGCCCGCCCACCUGCACAUUUGAAAAGGAAUGUCUGGGAAGUAGCCUGCAUUGCUUGGAUGGGUGUUACUGUCCAGACGGACUUAUCAUGGAGAAUGGAACAUGCAUCUCAGUAUACAAUUGUCCAUGUAUAUACCAUGGAGCGAUCUAUCCCAUCGGGUCUCACUUACAGGAGGGUUGCAAUGAAUGCAUUUGCAGUGGUGGUGUGUGGAACUGUACAGACAAUGAUUGCCCAGCUGAAUGCUCUGUCACAGGAGAUAUGCAUUUCACCACUUUUGACGGCCGGAUUUUUACUUUUCUUGGCACCUGCCAGUAUAUCUUUGCAAAGAGUCACAGGAGUAACAGAUUCACAGCGACACUGCAGAAUGUGCCCUGUGGUCAGAAUUUGGACCACAGCUGCAUUCAGUCAGUCACCCUAUUGAUAGAUGAGGAUACGAGUAAACAGAUCACCCUAACCAGAGCAGGAGAAAUCCAGCUUGGCAUCAAUCAAGCAAUUAGCCUUCCGUACUUCAAUGGAGUUACUGAAAUUCGUAAAUUGUCGUCUAUAUUCGUGCAAGUGAAAACAACGUUUGGUCUCCGGCUACAGUUUGACAAAGAAGGAGGAAGACUCUAUCUUCAGGUUGACAGCAGUUGGAAGGGAGGAACUGUUGGUUUGUGUGGAACAUUUAAUGGAAACUUACGAGAUGACUUUCUUUCACCUGCAGGUAUGAUUGAAGGGACUCCACAAUUACACGCCAAUGCAUGGAAGAUAUCAUCUGCGUGUGUAACACCACUAAAUGUCCCUCUGAUUGACCCCUGUGACACAAAUCAACAAAACGCUUUGUAUUCUUCAACAAUGUGUGAUAUCCUCAAUCAAGAACUGUUUGCACCUUGCCAUUCCUUUGUGAAUCCCAGCCCCUAUUACCAGCGGUGCCGUUAUGAUGCCUGCAAGUGUGGACGCUUGUGCAUGUGUACAGCCCUUGGACACUAUGCAUCUCUUUGUGCCAAACACAGAAUUCGCAUUGACUUCAGAUCAGUCGUAUCAGACUGUGGUGUCAUCUGCCAGUCCAACAUGUUGUAUCACACCUGUUCUUCCUCUUGUGGACGCACUUGUCAGUCACUUUCUAUAAACGAGGUCUGCAGUGACGAUUGUGCUGAAGGCUGCAAUUGUCCGAAUGGGACAUUCUACCAUGAGGUGUUGCGCCACUGUGUCCUGAAGUCCCAGUGCUCAUGUCAAUUUCUCGGAGGACUGUAUCAGUCAGGAGAGGUCACGUUCAGUAACUCAGGACCAUGUCUAUGCAGGAAUGGAAGGAUGGAGUGUUCCCCUCCAGAAUCAGAACCUGACCCUGGAGAGUGUCCUGACAAUAAGAGAUACUUUGACUGCAGAGAUCCUCCGCCUGGCCUGCCUUGGACUGGAACAGCGUGUGAAAUCACAUGUGAAAACCUUAUGAUGAACCUCACCUGUCCACCCAUCACACCUUGUAUGUCAGGCUGUGUUUGUCCUCCUGGGCUGGUGAGACACGGUGGGGACUGCUUUCUGCCCGACAACUGCCCUUGCCGUUGGAAAGGUCAGGAAUAUUUACCAGGAGAAGUGGUCUCCUCUGUCUGUUACACUUGUGUGUGUCAAAGAGGAUUGUUUAACUGCACCUACCACCCAUGUCCUGAAGUGUGCACUAUAUAUAAUGAUCGGCAUUAUCGGACGUUUGAUGGACUGGAGUAUGAUUAUGUCAGUGACUGUCAAGUAUAUUUGGUGAAGACCACUGGUGCACUGAAUGUCUCUGUAUCAGCUCAGAAUAUGGAUUGCUAUGACAGUGGGAUUAUUUGCAUGAAGACCCUAAUGAUCUCCAUUGGAAGGACUCAUCUUUAUUUUAAUGACAACUCUGGAAAGCCACGUUUAUCCAGUGUAAAGAGAGAAGGGGAUGAUUUUCAACUGUGGAAGGCUGGGUACUAUGUAGCAAUACACUUUCCAAUGCAAGAGAUUAUAAUCCUUUGGGAUAAAAAGACAACUGUGCACAUUCAGGUUGGACCUCAGUGGAGGGGUAAACUGAUGGGCAUGUGUGGAAAUUUUGACAAAAGUACAGCAAAUGACAUGACCACUUCAAACAACAUGGAAGUGAGCAAUACUCAGGCGUUUGGAGACAGCUGGGCUCUUGGCCAGUGUGUCAGUAGGGACGAUAUCACCAGGCCAUGUGAAGCAGAUCUAAUUCGGCAGCCAUUUGCUAAGAGAGAAUGUGCCAUUCUGUUCAGCGAAGUAUUUGCUCCUUGUCACAAUGUGGUCGACGUUACCUGGUUUUAUAAGAAUUGCCUGACAGACACAUGUAACUGUAACCGUGGUGGGGACUGUGAAUGUUUCUGUACCAGUGUUGCAGCCUAUGCUCACAAGUGCUGUCAGAAAGGAAUAUCAGUGAACUGGCGAUCACCCAGUGUUUGUCCUUUUGACUGUGAAUUCUACAACCGAGAUCUUGGCGAAGGGCCAUAUGUGUUCCUCAGCUAUUUGUACAAUAACACUGUUAUCGGAGCCAACAUGACAACUGGGGAUGUCUUCCCUUGUCAAAGAAACUGUGCUGGAGGGAAUAUUUUGAUAAAUUUCAUGAUUGCACCUGGACUAUACAAAGGAAGGCAAUUCAAUCUGCCAAUUGUUUCCUUCGAAUCUGCUGAAAGACCAAAUUAUUUUUUACACGCUGGGGUAAAUGGUUCCCUUCGUUUGGAGAAAUGGAGAGACAGUGCUUUCUGGAAAGAAUCUUCAUUCAUCCAACAUCAUAAUAAAUGGAUCUCUGGCUACAGUACCUUUGAAUUAUACAAUAGGAAAGGAGCUUUUGUCAGAGUCACACCAUCAUUUGUGACAGCAGUUCAUUACGAUUACUCCGAUAAAUUUAAACUCUCAAGCAGCUUUGCUAUUGAAGAAAGCAGCACAGUUAUUCCAUACAGAACAAUGUGUGAAUUUAGACACAAGGUCUGUGCCAGUCCAUGCAUCAAAACCUGCAGUGAUCCCCACGGUACAGCGUGCAAGUUUCUACCCCUAGUAGAGGGCUGUAUGGCACAUUGUCCAAAGCUUAUGCUUCUUGAUGAAGUCACUCGUAGAUGUGUUUAUCUAGAGGACUGUAUCAAUAUAACUGCUACAGAAUUACCUUAUCUUCCAACACCUGGUAAAACAUCCACUGCAACAGAAGCAGCAUACAGUCCUCCUGCUAGGUCAGUGACUCCAACAACAUUACGGGUGACAACAGGCUUGACAGAAAAAUCCACAACAAUAAUGCCACCUGGAACAACUUUGUUAUCCCAACUGACUACUCCUCUGGCAUUGACAGCAUCUUCAGCCAGGACCACUACAAGUUCAGCUGUCACAAGUUCCCGCCAGUUACCUUCAAGUGCUUUAACAACAGAGGUCACAGGCUCCACUACAGUUCCCGCAACGGCUAAUGUAACCUCAACUCUGACAACACCCACUGUGCCUCUGCUCACCACCACUUCUGUCGGGAUUACUGGAGCUACAAGUAACUUUUCAACAGCAGCUGUUACAAGCCAGUCUAAAACUCCCAUUUCUGCGACUCAAGAAACACUCUCUCCCUCAGUUACUGCUUCACACAGUGCUUUUACCAAAAGAUCUGAAGCCACUGGCUAUUCCACACAGAGCACCCAUGUUGCCGCAUCAUCUGCUAGUCCACACAAAACCGUAUCAGUGACUAUUGGACAACCUUUCACUGACACUCAUUUGGUAACUACAGCACAGGUCCUACAGACAAGGUAUUACACAUCCCCUAGAAGCGUGGAAUCCACAACAACAAAACGGACAACUGUGGCAACAACCAUGUCUGCAAUGCUAUUCACCGAGCUGAGGACAACGCUAACUAAAACAACAGAGCCGGCAAUUGCAACUGCAGCAGGAACCAAAGAGAUACAGGACACUUGGCACACCAGAGCACCAUUCAAAUCUUCACCUACACUCAUCCUUACAUCAACCAGUGCUGUUUUGACUCCCCAGAUAAGUGGCACUGAUGGGAUAGUGAAGCCAACCAAACCUGCAACACCUACACCAGAACCCCCCAUGUAUCCUGUACCACUCACAGUCAGCUCGAUUUCAGCCACAGAUUUUGAGGAGAAAGCCACACCAGCAGCAACCUCCACGUCAACAUCCUCUGUUCCAGCUAAUUUUACUUCCUCAUCUUAUAGAACAGUUGUCUCCGAGCUGCCUUCAUCUUUUCCUCCCACCCUGACUUCUCUCACAUCCGAGGCUGCAACAGCUCCUCAUCCAGAAAGUGCAAUUCCGUUUGACAGCUCAGUUACACUCUCUGAUUCUCAAACUGUAGCACCAUCAGCAACACCCUCUGCCCCGCAGUGCACAUGUACUUUUAACGUGACACAGCCAAGCUGUGGCUUUCUGGGGAUGCCUCUCCAAGUAAACAGUGAUAAGUGCUGUCCUCAGUGGGAAUGCCCAUGUCGCUGUUCAAUGUUUUCUGACCUACACAUAAUCACAUUUGAUGGCAAUGAUGUGGGAGUGUAUGAUGCUGAAGCCUACGUACUGACCCUGCUACCACAAGAAACUAUCGUUGCUCAUAUUGAACAGUGCUCCACUCGUGAGAGUGCAAAUUCCAUAAGGCGCCCUGUGCCUGGAGGAAAUUCUGGAUUGUGCUUUAAAAAACUGAACAUCACUUCAAGGACCCACAAAGUUCUGAUCAAUCGACUGGAAAGGACGACAACGGUGAACUCUAGACAUGCUCGGCUCCCAUUCACAAAGCUUGGCUUCCAUAUAGUGGACACAGGAACAAUGUACCUGAUUCAUACCCCAGCUGGGGUUACUAUUCAGUGGUAUCGCAGCACAGGCAUUAUUGUCUUAGAGUUUGGUUUGCCUUCCAACAGAACCAUAAGCACUAAAGGGCUGUGUGGCUGUUGUAAUGGCAGCCCUGCUGAUGACCUCAAGCUGCCAAAUGGGACCUUCAUUACAGAAGUGGAAAAUAUUGGUCUUUUCCUUGAGAGUUGGAUGGUUGAAACAUCUGGACGAGAGACUGAUUGUUUUAGAUGCCGAAAGCAGAACUGCACCACUGCCAACUGCACUGCUUGUUUUGAAAUGCUGAACCAAAGCCCCUGGACACAGUGUCACCAGCAGGUUACUCCAGAGAUAUUUUGUGAGCUGUGGAUUCGGGAUUUUCACUACACGACCCAUCAGUGCGAUGCUCUGGCUGUAUAUGCAGCUGCUUGCAACAAAUACAACAUUUGUAUUCAGUGGAGAACUCCAAACUUUUGUCCACUUAGCUGCCCAAUGGGUAUGGAAUACCAACCUUGUGUACCAGCUUGUGAGAGUAAAACAUGCCAGAAUAAGGACUUCUAUUUGGAGAAUGAUUCAACCUGUUUGUUCAUCAGCGAGAGUUGUGUCUGUCCCUACGGAACUGUACUUCAUCAACCGGACUCUAACUACUGUGUUACAGAGCAACAGUGCGCUUGCACGGACAAUGAAGGCAGGCCAAGGUCAGCGAGUGAGACUUGGAAUGGAUCACAAAGAGGAUGCUGUAUGCAGAAAUGCUUGGACAAUGGAACAAUUAUUGCAGUGAAACCCACUUGCAGUGAAGUAUCAUCACCAAUCUGUGAACGGGAGGGAGAAGUGGUUAUCAAUGUCAUUGAGGAGGGAGUCUGUUGCCCAAAGAAGAUUUGUGAAUGCAAUCUGACAAUAUGUGGCAAUGAAGUUCCAGCGUGUGAGAAUGGAAAUAAAUUGGUAAUAGGCUACAGCAGCAUUUCAUGUUGUCCUGAUUACAGAUGUGAAUGUGACCCACUGCCCUGCCCAACUAGUUCACCCCCUGAAUGUAGGGAGGAUCAGUUUCUUGUCGAAGUGCGCAAGGAUUACUCCUGCUGUUUCUCCUUUCAAUGUGUGUGUGAAUCUUGCAUUGACCCAAUUCCCAUAUGCAGUGAAGGAGAAAUCCUUGCAGUAGAUCUCAACAGCACAAACCGGUGCUGUCCGCUGUACCACUGUGUCUGUGAUGCCAAUAUGUGUCCUCCGCCUGACAAGAGUUGUGAAUCUGGAACAAAGUUGGUAAAGAAAGAUGUUCCAGAGAUCUGCUGCCCUGAAUGGCAAUGCGAAUGCAACUGUGAAAUUUCGGAUGUUACAUCAUGUAAAGUGGGAGAAGUUCUCAAAGAGGAUCCUGACUUUCACAAUGUCUGUGGCUGCAUUCGCUAUAUCUGCAAAAAGGAUAAAGUGUGCCUGUUCCAAGGUGUGACUGUCUUGAAACCUGGCCAGUCAAUGAUCCAGUCUUUUGAAGGUGAACUGUGUCACACAGUCAAUUGUUUGCACUCGAUAGAUCCUGUUACUGAGUUCCAUUCAAUGGAGAUUAACAUAGUUGCCUGUUCAGAAAAAUGUGAACCUCAUCAAGUCUACAUUCCUUCAUCUGACCCUCACUUUUGCUGUGGUUCUUGUAAGAAUAUUUCAUGCCCAUCUGAGAAUGAGAGUGGAGAAACCAUUUUAAACAAGGCAGGAACAUCUUGGGUUUCAAACUGCAUCAGAUAUGAAUGUCUGGAGACUGCUGUUGGGGUUGCGAUACUUGGCUCUGGAGUUGUCUGCCCACCGUUUAAUGACACUGAAUGUAUACAGAAUGGGGGAAUCGUAAAGACCUACGUGGAUGGCUGCUGCAAGACUUGCAAAGAAGAUGGAAAGCCUUGCCAGAAAUUAGCUGUCAGAAUGAUCAUCAGAAAAGAUGACUGCCGCACCACUAGUUCUGUAAACGUGGCUUCCUGUGAUGGCAAAUGCCCAUCUGCUGUGAUUUUCAACUCCAAUAUCAACGGCUAUGCAAAAUUCUGCAAAUGCUGCAGAGAAGGUGGGCUAAGCGAUCGGAUUGUACCACUUUUCUGCACAGGAAAUUCAACUUGGAUAGACUUUAUAUUUCAAGAGCCAACAGACUGUUCCUGUAGAUGGAAUUAA